GGCGAACGUCUCGACCAUUUUUCUGUGUCGCCUCUCCCUAUCCCAAAACGAGACGGGUUUUAGCUAGGGUUUCGAUUCUCACUCUGCAGCUGUAGCCGGCCAUGGCGAAACCGAGCAGAGGCCGUCGCUCGCCGCCGUCAGGAUCCGCAUCGGGGUCGUCCUCACGUUCCCGCUCAUUUUCCGGCUCCGAUUCCCGCUCCAGUUCGCGCUCGCGCUCCAGGUCUCGGUCUGUAUCUGUCUCACGCUCUCGCUCUCGUUCCAGGUCAAAUUCAUCGUCUUCUUCUCUCUCUCGCAGUGGCAGUUCUCGGAGCCGGAGCCCGCCUCCUCAGAGAAAGAGUCCUACUGAAACAGCUCGGCGGACUCGUGCUUCACCUCCACCAGCUAAACGAAGUUCUCCCCCACCCAGGAAACCUUCUCCUGUACGCGAGUCCCUUGUUCUUCACAUUGAUGCACUUAGCAGGAAUGUCCAUGAGGGUCAUUUAAGAGAAAUAUUCUGUAACUUUGGCGAAGUAGUCAAUGUUGAGCUGGCAAUGGAUCGUACAGUGAGUUUGCACCAUGUCAAUCUUCCUAAAGGUUAUGGAUAUGUUGAAUUCAAAACGAGACCUGAUGCUGAAAAAGCCCAAGUGUAUAUGGAUGGUGCUCAAAUUGAUGGAAAUGUUAUUAGAGUGAGAUUUACAUUACCUCAAAGACAGAAGAUGCCGACUCCUCCAAGGACUGUGGCGAUUGCUCCAAAGAGAGAUGGUCCCAAGCCUGAAAAUGUUGGUGCUAAUGCUGAGAAGGAUGACAUGAAAAGACAGAGAGAACCUUCACCUCGUCGAAAACCUCCUUCACCUAGAAGGCGCUCACCUGUAGCUCGACGUGGUGGGUCUCCCCCUAGAAGACAACCCGAUUCUCCACGCCGCCGUCCAGAGUCUCCUCCACGCCGCCGUGUCGAAUCUCCUUUCCGUCGUGAUUCUCCACCUAGAAGGAGGCCUGCAUCGCCGAUUAGAGGCCGUUCUCCAUCCCCUUUGCCAAGGCGACAUAGAUCUCCUCCAAGGCCUUCUCCAAGAAGAAUUCGUGGCAGUCCCGUUCGAAGACGUUCCCCACCUCCUCCUAGGCGCCGUACACCUCCAAGACGAGUUCGUAGUCCUCCGAGAAGGUCUCCAGUAGUUCGUAGACGGAGCCGUUCACCAAUUAGAAGACCUGCUCGUUCACGUUCCCGAUCAUUUUCACCACGAAGAGGUCGGCCAGCAGCUGCUGCUAGACGUGGGAGAUCAUCAUCCUACUCUGCAUCACCCAGUCCACGCAAGGUAGCCAGGAGGGUAUCUCGUAGUCCAAGAAGGCCAUUGAGAGGGAGAAGCAGCAGCAGGAGCAGUAGCAGUAGUUCCCCACCCCGCAAGCCAUAAUAAUCCUCCUACAUAAUACACAUCUUUCGCUCGCUCGCUCGCUCUCUCAUUUCCCUAAUGUUACUAUCUGUGUAUGUGAUUCGAAAAGAUGCGACGGUUUUUUUUACGCUGUGAAGAAAGAGCCUUCUUGUAGCAACAAUAUUUUGGUUAAAUGCCAUUUAGUUAGGUCUGUUAGUAGUUUUCUGUUACUGUUGAAUUAUCAUUAGGAUAUACUCUGUUCUAUCUCUAGUAAAUACACUUUUAUCAAUCAAAUUAUGUUUUUGGAUUUGGAAA